GCUGAAGUUUAACAUGUCGAUGAAAUAGCUGUUAAACCGGUGCUCAGUAUCUCCUUUUCUGAUUUAUACACUUGAAUUCCUAUAAUAAAUUACAUCACUAAAACUGAACUCCAAUAAACAGUUGUCGAAUAUAUUGGUUGAAGAUGCCCGGGCUCAGCUGUAGAUUCUACCAGCACAGAUUUCCAGAGGUGGAGGAUGUGGUUAUGGUCAAUGUAAGAUCCAUAGCAGAGAUGGGCGCUUAUGUGUGUCUGUUAGAGUACAACAACAUCGAGGGCAUGAUCCUGCUCAGCGAGCUCUCCAGACGACGGAUCAGAUCCAUCAACAAACUCAUCCGGAUCGGCCGAAACGAAUGUGUCGUGGUCAUUCGUGUGGACAAGGAGAAAGGCUACAUUGAUUUAUCCAAACGAAGAGUGUCACCAGAAGAGGCCAUUAAAUGCGAAGACAAGUUCACAAAAUCUAAAACUGUGUACAGCAUUUUGAGACAUGUAGCAGAAGUUUUAGAGUACACCAAAGAUGAGCAGCUAGAGAGUCUGUACCUGCGAACAGCCUGGGUGUUUGACGAGAAAUUCAAGCGGGCAGGAUAUGGCGCUUAUGAUGCCUUUAAGCAGGCGGUGUCAGAUCCAUCCAUUUUAGAUGGCCUGGAUUUAACAGAGGAGGAAAGGACUGUCCUGAUUGAUAACAUCAACAGACGACUCACUCCACAAGCUGUUAAAAUAAGAGCAGACAUUGAGGUGGCUUGCUAUGGUUAUGAAGGCAUAGAUGCAGUCAAAGAUGCUUUGCGGGCUGGGCUGACUUGUUCAACAGAGGCCAUGCCAAUCAAGAUCAACUUGAUUGCCCCUCCUCGCUAUGUUAUGACCACAACCACACUAGAGCGUACAGAAGGCCUUUCUGUGCUCAAUCAGGCCAUGGCUGUCAUUAAAGAAAAGAUUGAGGAGAAGAGAGGUGUCUUCAACAUUCAGAUGGAGCCAAAAGUCGUAACAGACACAGAUGAGACAGAACUGGCUAGGCAGCUAGAGCGACUGGAGAGAGAGAAUGCAGAGGUGGAUGGAGACGAUGAUGCAGAGGAGAUGGAGGCCAAAGCUGAUGACUAGCUUGAUGAAAAAGAAUAAACCAGCAUUGCCAUAAUCAUUCAGGGGACUUUAGAGUUACAUCGGUUUGUUUGUCAUAAAACAAGGACUGAAAAAGAGUUGAUGGGAAGAGCUGCUUGAAUAAUUUACUCAGAUUGUGAGUUAAAGAAGAGGAUUUCAUUAAUGGAUGUUUGAUUUAUGACUUUUGGGAUGCAUUUACUAUCAUGGCCACUUACAUUUUGCUUUGAGUCUAUAAUAAGGCAAAAACUAUUUCAUAAUUGUGAUCGUUUAAAGUUUUUCUGUCUCAAAGCCUCAUUUAAGAUAGAUGCUCAUCUGUCAGGGGCCUCGGAUAUUUUUUAAUAAACCUUAAAAGCAACUAACCAGUUUACUUCUGCUUAUCAGAACCCAUAUCUGUUGAGGAUGUUGAACUAAUAAAAACAAGCAGUUAUAUAUAUUUUUUUUUUACUUCCAAAAAACAUUUAUGUAUUUUUGCCCUUUGUGUUAUUUUGUGAUCGUGACCACAAAUGUAAUUUAACAAAAAACAAAUGCUCUAACAUUUACCAUGUUUUUGCUUUGGUAAAUAACUUUAAAGUGGUAUUUUGUAAGAACCUUUGUAAAAUUAUAUAAAACAAUACAUUAGAAAAGUGAAGGAAUCUGCUUUCUCUUACAAUUAUUGCACAUGCUGAAUCCAUGACCUCAUAAAUUGUGCCUCCAGUAUGACAUCUGUCACGCCAUAGAGCUAUUUGGUAAGUGGUCUGCAAAAAUUAGCAUUGAUUAAAAAUGGUGAAUAAAAUAAAAGUGACUACUAGUUAUAUCACCUAUUUUUAUUUUAUUUUUCCCCAUACAACGAACGCGGAUAGAGUUCGUGUCUAUGGCAGAAAUAGUAAUCGUUGUAUGGUAGUGUGCAAUUCUGAACUCAGCCCAUAUAUCUUUCAUUACUCCGUGUAAUUACAUUUCUUACCAUAAGAUGGCGAUGUUGUAUCAGUGUUUAGCAUAUAAGAAGCGGCUUAAAGGAUUCGAAUUCUUUCCCGCUCAUGGCAUGUUACUGCUCGACUCCAUUUGUACUCACAGGUUUUAAAUUAUGUUUCAACAAAAUUUUACAGGUUUUUCUGUACAUCUCUGUGAUAAAAUUCAAGUGG